AUGCCCGUCUGGACACAGCGCAACAGGCGACCGCAUGUUACCAAGGUCGAGAAUGAACAGACGGCCCAAUGGGUGCGCGGCGGGGCGAGGGCGGCCGGGCUCACGACGGCCGACGGCCAAUCGACCCGAAAAGCACACGGUCGCGGCGGUGGGGUCCCCGAAUCGCGCGGUGCCGAUUGGACGGCGGGCAGAGGCGCGUCCGCAUGGAUGGUGGCGCGUGCCGGCUGGCCAAUGGGCGACGCAAGCCCGUCUAGCGUGGCUGGAGCGCUCCGCGUGGUGAGCCACGCUCGUCACGGGGGGACGGUGGUGGGCGCGAGUGUGAUUACGCGCCGGGCGACUGAGGCUGUGCUCUCUCUCAUGCCCUUUCUCAGGCGCCCUGUCAGCUGUCGAGGCUGCUAUCCGCCCAGGGCCCGUUACCGCGCGACAGACGAACAGCAGAAACCUGACUGGGACGGUAAUCAUACGGGCGGCGGCCGCCCCCCCCCCUCCAAGCCCACCGGUAAUCUCUACAGCCGCUCAUGGUGGGCAGCCACCUGA